AUGAUCGGCUUCAUCUUGCCCAAAUUAUUCGAGCUUCUCCCUCCCGUCCUCAAGCGUUUCGGCAUAAACUGGGAAGUGUGUUUGUUCAAGUGGCUCAGGCCGUGCGCGCCAAAUUGGCUCCGACAACGUAUGCCACAAGAGCCCGACAGUGACGUUUCCGACUCGGGGGCGGUGGCCGAUGGCGGUGGACUGAACGACAUGAUUCGUUCACAGCAGUUGGUGUCAAAUGUGAGCCAGCAUAUGGAGGGGACGUCAACUAAUGUAUCGCACCGAGGGAACACACCAGAAGUCACUCAGAAUGUCGAAGCACACGACCGGACGUCUAACACUCUAACCCCAGAGAACGUUGCACCUGUCCAACUGGAUGGUCCAACCAUUGCAGCGUCGGAUGAUCAUGGACCUUCCACAGUCCGGAAGCGUUUAAUCCCAGACGCCGUCCAAGUCAGGCACUCGUCGACACACCUUAGAAUCAUCGUCCACCCAAUCACUUCCCCUAUCUUCUGGUUCUUCACCCAAGCUCAAGCGGUCGACAUGUUGAUUUUCAUCGCGUAA